CUGGCAACUAUGGUUGAGCUAAUAUUUUUCUUUGGAAUAUUUUUCAUAGUGUUUUACAAAAUAAAAACAAAUUUAUUAAACUGUUAUUAAACAAUUAGCAAAGGAAACACGCUUACAAGAAAUAAUAAUAAUAUUGUUAAUAAAGAAUAUCACGUGUGUUUUGCUAUAAAUAAAAAAUACAUUUUGCCAUUUGCGAAAAAAGUAUUGUGGUGAAAAAAUGCGCAUUUAUAAGAAAGAGCAAACAAAAGGUGAAUAGAAGAAGAUUUUAUAUAGAGAAAGAAAAAAGCAAAGCGAAUUAACGAAUAAAUCUCAAUAAUAACAACAAAAAUUGCAAAUAAUAAUUGAAUUUAUCAUUAAAAAUUCGUAAAAACAAACAAAAAAUGGAAAAUAAAUGUAAUAAAACACCAAAUAACAGUAAUAAUAACAACACAAAUAGUAAAUACAUGGAUCAUGUUUAUUGUCACACAAAUCAAACGAAAAAUUCAUACAACCUUGUGACAACUCCUGGCAGCGUCGGUUCCGGUGGUGGUGGAGCAGCUGCUACGCCAAAUGCUGAUAUUUUGGCACUACUGAAGGAAAAUAAACAAUUAAAGGCCAUGUUGAUAUUACAUUUAGAUUUAAUACAGGAACAAAGUGACCAACUUAUGGCCAAAGAGAAGUUGUUGAUAGCACGCAAUGAAGAAAUAGAAGCAGCUAGGUCACGCAGUGCUGUUCUAGAGAGUCAAGUAAAGGAAUUACAAAAACAGCUGCAGCAGCAAAUUAAGAGAUCCGGAGAAGUGUCCACCCUACCGCCACCACCACUAGCUAAAAUACAAUGUAAAACAAAUCAAGCUAUAGCUAUGGGAACCAAUUUGGGGCCUGUAACAGCGAAUUGCGCCAAAAUUUUAACGACUACGGGUGCAGGCAAAUCCAACAUUAUUGGAGAGUGUAAUGGCAAGUUAAUAAGUAAAAUAGUGCUGCAGCGAGUAAAUAUGGCAGCAGGCCGUGGAAAACAUAGCCAAAGUCCUCAGAGUCAAACAACUGAUACGGAAAAUGAUGAAGAUGGCGACGAAGAUGAGAACGAGGAGGAAGAACAUGAAGAAGCUGAGGGGGAUGUGGUAGAUGAGUGUUUAGAAGAUGAAGAGGAAUGUCAUCAAGAAGAAAAUCAAGAACACGAAGAGGAUGAAGAUGACCCUGAAGAACUUGCGGAAGCGGGUGAAAUUGAAGAAAUAGAACAUUCCCAAGAUUCUGUGGAUGAUAAAUCAAAUACACCGGCUGUAGUGCUUGAUGAUUUAUAUGAUACCGGUAAUACCACCGAAGAUAGCAAUGAAGUUUUAGCCGUGCAAAGUAAGCGCUUAAGGCUCCGUCAAGCAGCAAAACAAUCCCUAGCCAUACCCAGAGGGGCAAAGCCAAGUGUUUCGCCUGCCUCUACAACAACAAACGAUGGACAAACCGCCUUUAAGGCUGUCACCUCAGCAACUGCUUCAACAACACUACAGUUAAGUAAACAACCUCCAACUCCAAGUCGUGGCAAACAGAUGACAAUUAUGCGUUGGCAUGCUCCAGAUUAUAAUACAGAUGAAUCGGUUAGUUGCGAUUCCACGGCCGAAGUAGAAAGGCGUUCAACAUCAACUACUUCCUCACCCCAAAAACCUUCACCAAAUGUCAUUGAAAAGAAGCGUUCUCAUGAUAACACUUCACACCAACCGCAUCAUUGUCGAAAAAUCCGUAGAUGUGCUUACAUAUCUACACCACAACUCUACAGCACGCGAGAAUGGGAAGAUGAGGCAUUUAGUUGUGACUAUGAUUACGAGUUCUUUAAAGCCGAAGCUAAACUUCUGCAAUCCGACAAUCCCAAACUGGAAAUACCUAAAUGGACAGAACACGAGUUAACGCCAUCUUAUUGUAUUGAAGGCACCGAAGAUCUCUCCGACGAAAUAUUUCUUAAAAGACAUGCAAAACUAGAAGUAGAUGAGAAGCGACGUAAAAAGUGGGAUGUACAGCAAAUAAGAGAACAGCGGCGUAUAGAGCGUUUGAAGAGGAGACAUUGUAAAGAUGAAAUACAACCUACACAGGAUACGCCUAGUUUACAAACAUUUUAUCCCACCACCGAGCAGUUGCAAACAAUUUGUUUCGUACACGAUUUGCCGGUACAGGCCUUUGGAGAAAUGAUACCUAGACUAACGGCAAAAGGAGAGCGGCGUAAGGGUUUCCAGUUGCCUUGGAUGGACAAAGAGCAGUUGCAAUUCUUAAGCGACAACAAUAAACCGCUAACCGUAUCAACUUUUAACUCUAGUGAAACAACAACAACAGCAUCUGCACAAAUGCAACAACAAUUGUUGAAUUCCUCAUUUACUUUUCUCAAAAAACGCCGAAGACAACAGAGCUCCUCUUUUGGCAACACAUACCCUCGUCAGCGAAAUCAAGCAAGUCGCUUAGCACAUAGUAAUACCAAUAAUCCUACGAAUACAUUAACUGCAAACACAAAUAGUGGUGCUAAUACAAGCUCUACACAAAACUUUUUAAAUAUUGUAAAAUCAAACGUUGCCACUAGCAACACCUUAACAACAUCCUCAUCAACAUCACUAACAACAACAACUCCCUUACAUACAGUAGCCCCCAGUAGUAGUAGUAGUCAUAAUUCAAAUGUAGCAGGCAGUACGUAAGUUUGAAAUUGCCUUUACUAUUUUGAAAUGAAACAACUAAAUUCCCCAAAUAAUUACUUUGAGUAGAAAAGUAUAAAUCUAAAUAAAACUGAAUUUAAAUAGCUUUUAUAAUAUACAUAAAUAGACUUUUAUAUGUACAUAUAUUUAACUACUUUAAUUUAGCGAAAAAGUUAAGCACGAUUCUUUAAAAAAAGAACUUUAUGUAGAAAUUUAUUUUAUUAAAAUUAACAACAUUUUGACCUAAGAAAAUUGUGAUAAAUUUAUUUAAUUAAAUUUGGAAAAAAGUGUAAAAUAAUUUUAAUAAUAAUCAAAAUGCAUUUUCAAGUUAAUUUAAUAUAAGGCAAACAAAGCACUUUUUGUAUAUAUUUUUAGAUUUUCAAAAUCGUUUAGACUAACUCCACUAUCAGUGUAGCAAAAUUUAACUUAAAUAGUAUAUUAAAUUAAUUAAAAUGUCAUGAAUAUAUAAAAAUAAAAUAUAAAUUACUAGAUGCAAGAGCUACAUACAAUA